UAGUAAACAAAUAAUUAUAUCUGUCACUUUUUGAUUUUUAUUAUGAACAAAAAUUCAAAAAGGAUUUUAAAUUAAAAUAAAAAACCUGUAGUAAAAGCCUAGUAUCGAUAGCCUGCGAGUUAAGUGACACGAUUAUAAAUAAGUUAGAAUCAAGUUCCUGAUUUUUAGCUUUUUAGUGGUGGACAAUGGUUGCAAAUAACAGACAAAAUGGAGACUUUCACCCAUCAUACCUCUACAACCCAGAACUUCUUGUCGGGCUCGACUGGAAAUCCGUCCAACACUCUUUAAAACCUUCCAUAACUAAUGAAGAUCCAGGUGAAGAUUACUUCUUGGUCAGGCCUCUACGAAUAGAUGAUUAUGAUAAAGGCUUCCUUCAACUCAUCGUUCAGCUGACAACAGUAGGAGACAUAACAAAGGCUCAAUUUGAAGCUCAGUUUCUGAAAAUGCAAAAAGCUGGAUGUUAUUUUGUUACUGUGAUAGAAGAUAUAAGACAUAGUAAGAUUAUUGGUUCCGCUACUCUGGUUACGGAAUUGAAAUUUAUUCACCAGUGCGGCAAUAGGGCCAGAUUAGAAGACGUUGUUGUGAAUAAUACUUAUAGAGGAAAGCAGUUAGGCAAAUUAAUUGUCUUGACGGUAACUUUGUUGGCUAAAAAAUUGGAGUGCUAUAAAAUGUCUCUAGAUUGCAAAGAUCCCCUGAUACCGUUUUACAAGUCCUUGGGCUACAUGUUGGAGCCGGGCAAUGCUAAUACAAUGAUUCUGAGAUACGAGUCAAAAUUAUAAUAGGAAAAUGUUUGUAGGCUCAGUAUGGGAAAUUUGCUAGUUUUUUAAAAUUUUUUGAUGUUUCUUACAGGCUGUAGCAAACAACCCAAAAAAGAGAUUAAAUACAUAAAAAAUGAAUUCUCACAUAAAAGCCUAAAUAUUGACUGUCAUGACCACAUUUCAAUAAUAUUUCGUUUCAACGUAGUUUUUAUUUCCCAUAUUAUGUGAGAAUCCACCUUCAAUAUUUCAAAAAAUAAUGAAAUUUAAUUUUUUUGUAAACUUGGGAAGAGUGCAAUAUACCUACUUAAAUUCUUUAUUUUUAACUUUAACCAUAGGUAUGUCCGUUUAGCCUAAAUUUGCCAAUAAAUUAUAAUGUAUAGAAUAAAAAGUUAUUAUUUGUAUUUUUGUUGUUGUUAGGGUUUGUU